AUGGAUAUUGUCUUGCAGAAGGACUGUUUUCUCCAAGACAUGGCGCAUGGCCCCAGCCGCCGGGGCUGCUGCUCCUCUUUUCUGGUCAACGCGGUCCUGGCAAAUGCUAGCUAUUGGAGUCCUCACAACCUUGCCUACCAGUUCAUGGCUGAGGCCAAGAGACUGUGGGAACUAGAGAGCGACACUCCAAGAUUAACCACGAUUCAGGCUGCGAUGUUGAUGAACGUGAAUACGAACAUGAACGCCAUGGACGAAAUCGGGUUCAACUAUACAAAGAGGUAUGAAGAUACAGCCUGGGGGCAUACUGCAUACUAA